AUGCAGCUCAUACAAACACGCAAGAAGGGCAUGGUCCACGUUUCCACGAUCGAUCCAUCCUGUCACCCAGCCACGGACCAACAGGCGGACGGAUACCGACCGGCAGCCUCAGGGCACUUGGUAACUGUGAUGUACACGGAUGUUGGCGAGUCGUACCAGGAUAACACCAGCAGUGAUAUUGUCGCCAGGCAGGAUAUCCUUCGGCAAGUCCGGGCCCCUUAA